AUGUACAUAGCAAAUAGAGGGGAAGUACAUGACGGAUUUAGACACUACCACCUUUGUGUUGAUUUGGUGGAACAUAUCUUUAUUGCUCAAGUGAAUCACAUUGGUGAUGAUUUUAAUGAUGAUGAGUUGUUGGAAGAUACAAAUGACGAAUCAAAACUAUUUGAAGGAGAUUCGGACGAGGAUUAUGAUAUCAUGAACUCCAAACUUGGAAUCCAAGACCUUUGUUGGAUCCAAGUCCAAUCCAACUCAUGGAUAAUCGCUUCCCUAAUGGGACCAUCACUCCUCGCUCUUUUCAACAUCCCCACCAGACGUUGCUUCUUCAAAUACGAUGCAUUGCUGGCGAUCCUGGACCGAAUCUCGAUGAGUUCUACGAUGAAUCAACACCAACGACCCUUUGUGGGGUUGCCCUUCAUUGUUUUCUUCAUAAGUGUGUUGUUUGGCAUAUCACGCUUCCUUAAUUCAACAGCCGCCCUGGCUCGUGUACUCGGCGGCGCAUCAUCAAACGCCACCAUUCCGUAUCAAACUCUCUACAGGUUGUUGUAUAGAAGGAAACAAAGGGGUAUUCUGGAGCUGGACUUAGUUCUAGGAAGUUUGGUGGAGAAUCACAUUGGAUCUUUAGAUGUAAAGGGGAGCAAAUCGCUUAUUACUGUCCUCAACCUGGAAAAUCCAGAUUUGUGGAAAUGGCUCACUGGACAGGAGCAACCUCCUUAA